AUGCAGAAAAUUGAUGAAAGUUUUUAUGUUAACGUAAAUUGUGAUUUAGAGAUUGAAGAAUUGCGUGAAAAGCGUUUUCCGAAUAAGUUAGAGAACGAUUUGUAUGAUAAAUUCCCUUCUAACAUCUUCAGAUUACCUUCAGGAAAUGUUCUUGAAUGCACAAAGCAAAAAGUAAAAGAAGGAAAACUCAACGAAAUGUUUGCUUCUGAAAGAUUAUUUUGUUUCAUCGACACAUCCAGUGCUCAAUUAGAAGAAGGACGAAGAAAUUACUUCAAUUUGUAUAAAAAAAUGAUUGAAAAUCUGUUUGAGUGUAUGGAGAAAUUAUUUUAA